AUGCCGCGAUUUUGUUGUGCGCAUGCGCACGACCGCUUGAGCAAUCACUUCCGGGGGCAAGGAAGGCGGAGUUUCAUGUGUGCGCAUGCCCAGCGAAUGGACUCCCCCUACGGGAGGCGGGAGAAAAAAAAAAGAGCGCCGGGACACGGAGUACGCGUGCGCACUGCAUUGUCUACGAAUUCUUGCUCCGCCCUAACUCUGUUGGCGCUGACUAUCGCGACAGGACUUAAACCUCAGGGUUCACAGGCCCGGGAACGAGCUUCGCGUAUCGUGAGCGUCACGCAACACGCCCAACAACGCGCAGGCGCAGUAGCACCGUUGGGACUUACGAGGUCGCUUCCUGAGACUUUUGUGGCGCUAGUAGCGGCUUCGGGCAGGACGGCGGCCGAGAGGCAGGGCGCGUUUUGGUUCGCGCGGAUCCGGGCGGCGAGAUGCGGUACAACGAGAAAGAGUUGCAAGCGCUGUCCCGGCAGCCGGCAGAGAUGGCGGCCGAGCUGGGCAUGCGGGGCCCCAAGAAGGGCAGCGCCCCUCGGAGCCCUGUUGCUGGAGCGCUGCAGAGUGGCCCAGGAAGAGCCGGGAGGCUUCUCCAUCAGCUUCGUGGAAGACCUCAGCAGGAAAUAUCACUUUGAAUGCUGUAGCCAAGAGCAGUGCCAGGAAUGGAUGGAGGCUCUGCAGCGGGCCAGGACCCGCUGGAGCAGUUCGGCAUCUCCGAGGAGGCCAGGUUCCAGCUGAGUAGCCUGCCUAAGGAUGCUUCUUGCAUUGGCUCCCAGCUACAUGUGUUGGACUGACCCCCUCUGGGCCCCCGGCUACCCUGGGAAGUUUUGUUUUUUAAAUAGGUUUAAAUACAUCUGUUCAAAGGUCCAGAGGAGGUAGGCAGGGUCUGUGGUCCUUGCUCUCCCUGCCAUCUCCCUGCUGGCACCCUUUGACUGUGCACAUCCAGGGACAGCGCCCCUGUCCAUGGCCAGAUGAAUGUAUAAUGCUAAAGCUGUGAACCCCACUCCUGCUGAUAGAGCAGGCGUUGGUGCUGGCCUUCAGUGCUGAGCCCACUCUUUAAUAAAGGUACCUCUUUUGUGAAUCA